AUGACCGUCACGCUCACUGCCUUGUAUCCGCAAGACGCGGACUUCGACUUCGACUACUAUAUCCAGACGCACCUACCUCUAGCUGAGAAUAUUGCUGGGUCGCUGCUGGUCGACUGGCACGUGAUGAAAGUUACGGGAGAUACGCCGUAUUGUGUGCAGGCAACACUCGUCUGGUCUUCCGCAGAAGAAUUGGAGGGCCUUAUGGCAAGCGAUGCUGGUGCAAAGUUGAUUGAGGAUGUCAAGAAUUUCUCGGGCAAACCGCCGCUCCUACUGCAGCAGUGCUCCGAAAUAGCAUCCAGGCGAAGUAUGCAGCAACGUGGCAACCAACUCUAG